CCGGCCCCCUUUUUUUUUGGGUAACUCCCUCCGUCUUUCUCUCUGCUGAGUAUAAAACUCUGAGGGAAGGAGGUGAACAGACGAUUUUUCACAAGACCGAGAAGGAAGGGGGAUGUCUGCUCACCUGUGAAGCAUCUCCUCAGCUGACUGACGUUUUCUUCCACGCUGGAUGUAAAGGACCCAGCAGGCUUUGCAGAUGGACAGAGGAAUGUGCGUGUCCCUUUGGUGUGAGGAAGUGGAGGACGAUGCAGCCCAGGAUCAGGGACAGGGUGAAGAUCAAGCCCAGGGAUGUACAGGGGGCUCGCCUCAGCUGCGUGCCGCCUGGGACCCCACAGUGUCAGGUCAUCGAGUGAUCCAAAGGCUGCUUCACCUGGAAGAGAGGUACAUGCCCUCCAUGCUUUACACCACCCUCAUCCAGCGGGAUCCAGAGCGCAGGGAGGAGCUCGCCAAAUGGGCCCUGGAGGUAUGCUGCGACUGCGGUUGUGAUGAGGCCGUGUUCCCCCGGUCUGUGUCUCUGAUGGACAGGUUCCUGUCUGCAUCUCUGUCUCUGGCUGUGUCUCCAUACUGCCUGGCUGCUGGCUGCGUCCUGAUCGCCUCAAAGCUCACAGAGUGUGACGGCGUGACUGCAGACAGCCUCUGCGCCGCAGCUGAGUACAGCUUCCAGCCGUCAGACCUGCGGGAGAUGGAGCGUGUCAUCCUCAGCACUCUCCGGUGGGACACCGCGGCAGUCACACCGCAGGACUUCCUCCCUCACUUUCUGGCCUCUGUUGGGGAGCAAGGUGACGCUGAGAGGGAGAUGCUUUCGACUUUGCGCCGGCACAGCGACACUCUGGCUGCCAUGUGUGCCUGCGACUCCCGUUUUCUGGGAGCUCCCCCAUCACUUGUUGCCGCAGCAUCACUAAAUUGUGCCCUAAGGGGUCUGAGCAACAAGGGGCCCACUCAGCUGUCCAAAAGCAGUGAAGCUCUGGCAGAGCUGUGCCAGACUGAUCUGGUAGUCCUGCAGUGCUACAGCGAGAUGAUCGAAAGUGCCCUCAGGCAGCGGCUGAGGGGUGGACUGCAGCAGCCCCCCAUGGAGAAGGAUGAAGAGAUGGAGAACGAAAGACCUGGAACACCAACUGACAUGAGAGAGAUCAAUUUCUAAUCGCUGAAUAACUUUAUGAAAAGACUAACCUUUUAAGGUUCAUCAGUCAAACUGAUAUGAAUUAAUUGUGACGGCAACACAAUGUCAAACGAUUCUUAAUAACUUGAAUUGUUUUACUGUUAUUUAUUGAAUGUGUCAUUAUUUAUUUUUGAAGAUUGUGUGAUUCAUGUGCCAUAUACGAUUAACUGUCCUUGAAUUUUAUUGGCAGUCUACAUAUUAUUUUUGAUGCACUCUAUUUAUGCCUUAUUUAUGAUCACGUGCAAUUGUUUACUUUUAUUAUGUUAAUUUAUUUCA